CGGUGCCGGUUCGCCAUGUGCUCCCUGGCGCUGUCCCCCCCGCCCCCCCCGGGCGCCGUCACCCUCUGUGAGUUUAACAACGCUCUGCUCUGCGGGCGGCGGGGGGAGCCGCUGCCGCUCGACUUCCAGAGCCUGCUGGCAGCGCUGCCCGCUCUCACUCUGCCUGAGGACGGUCUGAAGGGUCCCGGCCGCCCCGAAUCGGGGGCUCAGCCCUUCCUGCACCACCGCGAGGCCCUGUGGAAGAGGGUCCUGUGUGCCUGGCGGGACGGGGGGCUGUGUGGGCUGCUGAAGGAGAUCGUCAGCGCCGAGGAGGAGGGGCUGCAGUGGGCGAAGACGGCGCUGAGCUGCGUUCUGACCGCGUGCCGAUGGCUCUCCUCCCUGCACGGCUCCCUCCUCCCACAUCUCUCGCUGACCAGUGAGGAUAUGAUUGCUGCCUUCUCCCAGGCGGUCGACUGGGCCGGCUGCAGCGUCCGUGCCUUCGCCUGGCAUCCACACACCAGCAAAUUCGCCGUGGCUCUGCUGGACGACUCCGUGCGGGUCUACAACUCGAGCAGGUUUCCCUGCUCCCCCGGCAGGUCUCGGCAGGCAUAUAAAGCCCUCCUUAAGAGAAGACUCUCCCGGCUCAUGCUGCGGCCCAAGCAGCGCUGCCCCGCUGAGCCGCUCUCCCCCAGUUGGAAUUUCAAGCCAACAAGUGCCAGAUCUCCCCCCGGGCUGUGGGCACUGAAUCACACAAGUGCCACCAUCCCAUCGCUGAAGCAUCGCCUGCAGAGGAACGUGGCCGCCGUCGCCUGGAAGCCGCUGUGUGCCUCCAUCCUGGCCGUCGCCUGCCAGAGCUGCGUCCUCGUGUGGCACCUGGACCCCACGUCCCUCUCCACCAGACCCUCAUCUGGCUGCGCUCAGGUGCUGUCCUACCCUGGGCACAGCCCCGUCACCAGCCUGGCGUGGGCACCCAGCGGGAAGCUGCUGCUCUCGGCCUCACCUGUGGACACGGCCAUGCUGGUGUGGGAUGUGUCCACCGAGAACUGCGUCCAGCUGCAGUGGUUUGGGGGCGGUGGGGUCACCUUCUUGGCGUGGUCCCCCGAUGGCAGCAAGGUCCUGGCAGCCACCCCUUCAGCAGUGUUCAAAGUGUGGGAAGCUCAGAUGUGGACGUGUGAGAAGUGGCCCACGAUCAAAGGGCGCUGCCAGACGGGGUGUUGGAGCCCUGAUGGCAGCCGGCUGCUCUUCACAGUGCUGGGGGAGUCCGUCAUCUACUCCUUGUCCUUCUCUGAGUACAGGGGGGACAUGCAGGGCCAGGUGGGAGGUUCGAAAACAGCUUCCAUCGUGGCAGAUCUGUCAGAGACCACCUUCGAGACGCCCUACGGGGAGGAGAGGGUCGGCGGAGCUGUGCAGUCCAUGGUGUGGGACCCCACCGGGGAGCGGCUGGCUGUGAUCAUCCGAGGAGAUCCCAGCGCUGCGGGGACGCAAACCGUGGUGGCCGUGUUCCGUAUCCGCAACAGCCCCGUGUUUGAGCUCCUGCCGUGCGGAUUCCUGAGGGGGGAGCAGAGCGCGGAGCCGCAGCUCAUCGCCUUCCACCCCUGCUUCGAGAAGGGAGCGCUGCUGACUGUGUGCUGGUCCACGGGGACCAUCAGCCACAUCCCCUUCUUCUUCCUGAGCUCCCGCCUGCCCUACGGCAGCCCCGGCCGCAGCCCCGCCGUGGUGACGGCCAGCAGCAGCGUGAGGGAGCAGCCGCUCUUCUCGGAGCUCUGACAGCAGCUCAGGACGUUUGGGAUCCAUUGCAGUUCCCUGU